AUGGGGGCAACCGUGUCCAAGAACGCUACUUCCAGGUCCCAGUCGCCAUACGAAGCUCUCCCUUUAUCGCACGAAGAGAUACGCGUCCUGGAGGUUGCGCCCGGAAGUGGCGACGACAUGAUCAAGUGCAAGAUGAAACGCAUCUCGCUGCGCACCUGGCGCGUACGAACCCGCCACGUACGAGCCUAUGAAACUAUCUCAUAUUGCUGGGGAGCUCCUCGAGAUCCGUCCACCAUAGAGCUCAAUGGACACCUAACACCAGUACCGGCAAGCUCAGAGGCUGCUGUUAGGCGCAUGCGACUCAGCGACCGACCGCGGGUACUCUGGAUCGAUGCAAUAUGUAUCGAUCAGUCAUCGAUGACAGAACGCAGUGCACAAGUAGCUUUGAUGGCGACCGUGUACAGCACUGCGAAACACAAUCUCGUUUACCUUGGCGAAGAUGACGACGACAUGGCUGAGAGAGCUAUGAAGGCUCUCGGGGACGUUAUGGACGACAUGCGUCCCACGACUGCAGACUUCACCCUAGUGUGGGAAACCAUGCGCAAUGAGAAUUCGGGCACUCUUUCAUACUCAAACGAACCGUUUAGCGCGAGUAUCGACUUCGAAGCUCUUGAAGCCCUAUUCAGUCACCACUGGUUCAGGUAA